AUGUUAAUUAUUGGUUUAACUGGGGGAAUUGCUUGUGGUAAGAGUACGGUUUCGAGAAGAUUAAAAGAUAAGUACAAGAUUCCAAUUGUCGAUGCUGACCAAAUCGCAAGAGAUGUUGUAGAACCUGGUACUAAAGUUUAUCAAGGUAUUGUAAACCAUUUUAAGGAUAAGAUUCCUGGGUUACUAUUGGAUGAUGGUCAUUUGAAUAGGCAAAUGUUAGGUAAAUAUGUUUUCAGUCAUCCUGAAGACUUGAAGGCUCUUAAUGAUUUGACGCAUCCAGCCAUCAGGUACACUAUGCUAAGAGAAGUAUUGGGCUAUUAUGUACGUGGUUAUAGCAUGUGUGUAUUGGAUGUUCCAUUAUUGUUUGAAGGUGGAUUAGACGCAUUUUGUGGAGUCACUAUAAGUGUAGUCUGUGAAAACGAGACACAAUUGGAAAGAUUACAAGUUAGAGAUAUUACGUUGAGUAUAGAAGAUGCUCGGAAUAGAAUUAAAUCCCAAAUACCUAUGGAAAAAAGAAUGGACGUAAGUGAUUAUGUUUUAGAAAAUGAUAAAUCUGUUGUUGAUUUGUAUCAAGAGAUUGAUAAGUUAAUGAAAAAGAUAAAGCCAACGUCUUUGAGGACGAUAUUAGAGUACUUCCCACCAUUUGGAGUAGUGAGUGCAGGCGCUAUAGUUGCUGCCAAAUAUAUAAAUGGUAAACCAAGAUAUGUGAAGAAGAUAACUUGA